UCCUUUGGAGAAGACAUCUUCCAACUCAAGCACCUCGCAAACCAAAACCUCCAAAAUGGUCUCCACUCGUCUCGUCCUCGCCAUCGUUGCUGUCCUCUUCGUCCUCGCCAUCAGCGUGGACGCCGCCUACAGGAAGCCUCCUUUCAACGGAAGCAUCUUCGGCAAGAGAUCCAGCACCAUCACCGAUUACGAGAUCACCAGCCGGGCUAUGUCGUCUGUCUGCGAAUCUGUCAGCGAAACCUGCAACGCCUGGCUCUCCCGCCAGGACUCGAUCUGAAGAGUCCUAGCUGCCCAGGAUUCGGUUGGAUGCGUCGAAUGCUAAUGUCUACAGCUUUAUUAACUUAUCAGCGUGCAACAGCGAA